GCUGGUGCCAUUCGACUCCGUGUUUAAUGCAGUGCUGAAGUCCUCGGUGACCAGCUUACUGUAGUCAGCCGUACGAGCUACUUUAGCGCACAACUUUUAAUAUCCGCUGUGCGAGCAGUGUGUUGUCUUCUCCGGAGAGCAAACUAGAUAUUUCCCCCCAGUUUCAGUCUAAUUUUGCCUGUUAAUCUAGGCCAGACUAGACGUGUCGCGCAACAUCCUCAUCACCUUUUGUGGAUUUUUUUUUUCCCGCAGCCUAACAGUCUGGUGCUUUAAGGAGAAAAAGAGGAACACAGAACACAUUUUUUGAGGAUUGUGUUAUCGAACAUGACAAGAAAAUGUGGAAGCUGGUAUGAACCCACUGAUAAUGAGGAUUAUCUCUGCCACUAACACAUAUGCAGUGAGGUGCCCUGCUUGUGGAUUCAGCCUGCUCGGUCAUCGAGCUGGGGGGCAGAAUUUGGGAGAAGUCGUGUGGAGCACAAAGAGGGUAUUAAAGCCGAGGAUACAACAAGUUUCUACCAUGUGUCUCCUGUGCUGACAGAGGACUGAGGUGGGAGAAUAGUUGUAGCACUGUGGUUGGUUUCUGACUCUUGUUUUCUGGCCAGACUUUCACCACAACGCAAAGUUGGACAAUUGCGAGAAGUUUCCAGUCUGUCGUAACGUUCAGCUAUCUAAGGAGCAGUUAAAUGAGCUUUAUAUCCACAGUCGACUAAUAACUGCACUUAAACCCCAAGUGAUUUUUUUUUUUCCUACAGCGGUAUUUUGACCACAGUGUGAGGCUCUCUGUACUGAAGUCCACUUUAAAUGCGGACUGGUUUGCGGUCGGUGAGUGCACAGCUGAGCUGCCAGUGCCACUUGAUUUUUAAGUCAAGGCAACACAGAAGUCGCUUCGUUUUUUGCCUUUUAGGACGAACAUCAUGGAGCUGACAUACUGGAGAUUUGUCCUGCUGAGGUGCCUCUUCCUGGACUGGGCUCUUCUGGCUUCUGCAGUGGAAGAAGUCCUGAUGAACACUAAGACGGAGACAUCUGAUCUCAAAUGGACUAUCUUCUCAAAUGCCAGACCCGAGUGGGAGGAAGUAAGUGGUUUGGAUGAGGAGAGCAACAGCGUGAGGACCUAUGAGAUCUGUCAGAAUAACAGCUCAUCCAGCCACUGGCUGCGCAGCGGCUUCAUCCAGCGACAAGGAGCGUCGCAGGUUUACGUGGAGCUGCGCUUUGCCAUGCUGGAGUGUUCAUCCAGGAACACCCACCACCGCAGCUGUAAGGAGACCUUUAACCUCUUCUACUACCAGGCUGACUCCAAUGAGGCCACGUCCACUUACCCACCCUGGAUGGAGAACCCGUACAUCAAGGUGGACACAGUGGCUGCAGACUUUCUCCUGCGGAAGGAUGGAGAACGAAAAUUAAACGUGAAGACCUUAAGACUCGGCCCUCUCUCUAAGAAAGGCUUCUACUUGGCUUUUCAGGCUCAGGGUGCCUGCAUGGCCCUGCUAUCUGUCAGGGUGUUCUUCAAGAAGUGCCCUCCCCUGGUCAGUGCGCUCUCCUCUUUCCCCGAGACUGUUCCCCAUACUCUGGUGCAAGAGGCGCAGGGUGUGUGUGUGGAGCACGCCGCCCAGCAGGGGCCCCGACCCCGACCACCUAAACUGUUCUGCGGGGAAGACGGCCAGUGGGUGGGCCAGCCGACGACCUCCUGCGCCUGCCUGCCGGGAUUCGAGCCCACUGACGGACAAGCAAGGUGCACAGCCUGUCCUGUGGGUCAGUUCAAGUCUGGCACAGAGGGACAGUGCACAGGCUGUCCAGAAUUCAGCCACGCCAACAUUAAGGGGGCGUCAGUGUGCACGUGUCAUUCCGGAUACCUACGUGCAGAAUCCGACCCUCCUCACACCCCAUGCACUCGACCUCCCUCGGCCCCACGCAGCAUCGUCACCCAGAUGAACGACAACGCACUCAGCCUGGAGUGGAAUGAGCCUCUGGAUAAUGGCGGCAGAACAGACCUGACAUACUCUGUUAGAUGCUCUGUGUGCAGGUCACCCAAGGGGCCGUGCCUCUCCUGCGGAGACAGCGUCAGCUACCGGCCCGCGCAGCAUGGCCUGCUGGGUCGCAGGUUGGAGGUGUGGGGCCUGCUUCCUCACACCACAUACGCUUUCACAGUCCAGACACUCAACGGGGUGUCCCAGCUCAGCGGCAAGGAACCUGCCAGUGAAAGUAUCAACAUCACCACGAGCCACGACGUGCCAUCGCUGGUGUCUGUGAUUCGGAAGAGUGACUCCACAGAAAGCAGUCUGACUCUGCACUGGUCAGUCCCACCCCAGCGUCACUCUGCCAUCCAGCUGUACCAGAUACGCUGCUGUGAGAAGGAGCGGCGUAGCGAGGAUCAGUGCCACUACACAGAGAGUAACAGAAACCAGGCCGUGCUGACGGACCUCCGCAGAGCCACUCAGUAUGAGGUUCAGGUCCGAGCGCGCACCGCGGCCGGUUAUGGCAGCUUCAGUCCUGUAGCAGUCUUCCGCACGCUGCCUGAUGGACAAGACUCUGCCUCCCAGUUCUUGGUACCUGGCAUCCUUAUCGCUGCUGGGAUGCUGCUGCUUGUCACAUUCGUCUUUGUAGCCGCCUACUGCAUACGCAGACACAGCCGAGUGAAGGAUCCAGAACUCAGCGACAAAAACAACCAGUACCUUGUUGGCCAAGGGGUCAAGGUUUACAUCGACCCCUUCACCUAUGAGGACCCUAAUGAGGCAGUGCGAGAAUUUGCCAAGGAAAUAGAUGUUUCCUUUGUCAAGAUUGAGGAGGUUAUCGGUGCUGGAGAGUUUGGGGAGGUGUGUCGAGGACGGCUGAAGAUCCCAGGGAAAAAAGAAAACUACGUAGCUAUUAAAACACUAAAGGGAGGCUACACUGAGAAGCAGAGACGGGACUUCCUGUCUGAAGCAUCCAUCAUGGGCCAGUUCCAGCACCCCAACAUCAUCCACCUGGAGGGAAUCAUCACGGCCAGCUGUCCAGUCAUGAUCCUCACAGAGUUUAUGGAGAACGGAGCUCUGGACUCUUUUCUGCGGCUGAAUGACAGCCAGUUCACCCCCAUCCAGCUGGUGGGUAUGCUGCGCGGCAUCGCCUCCGGCAUGAAGUACCUGGCAGAGAUGAGCUACGUCCAUCGAGACCUGGCUGCCCGCAACAUCCUGAUCAACAGCAACCUGGUGUGCAAGGUGUCUGACUUCGGCUUGUCACGCUUUCUGCAGGAGAACUCCUCUGACCCGACCUACACCAGCUCUCUGGGAGGCAAGAUCCCAAUCCGCUGGACAGCACCAGAGGCGAUAGCUUUCAGAAAGUUUACUUCAGCCUCAGAUGUGUGGAGCUAUGGCAUUGUCAUGUGGGAGGUCAUGUCUUUUGGAGAGAGACCAUACUGGGACAUGAGCAACCAGGAUGUAAUCAAUGCCAUAGAGCAGGACUACCGGCUGCCUCCACCCCCCGACUGCCCGACCCACCUGCACCAGCUGAUGCUGGACUGCUGGCAGAGGGACCGCUCAGCACGCCCUCGCUUUGCAGACCUUGUCAGCGCUCUGGACAAGUUGAUCCGCAACCCUGCAUCACUGAAAAUAUUGGCUCAAGAAGGAGCAGGGCCGUCCUACCCCCUGCUGGACCAGCGUGCGCCUUUAGCCCUUUCGUCGUGCGCUUCAGUUGGGGAAUGGCUGAGGGCCAUCAAGAUGGAGCGCUACGAAGACAGUUUCCUGCAGGCCGGCUUCAACUCAGUGGACCAGCUGGCCCAGAUCACCACGCAAGAUCUGCUGCACAUGGGAGUGACUUUGGCCGGGCAUCAGAGGAAAAUCCUUUCCAGCAUCCAGACAAUGACCUUUCGGAACAAGAGCCCUGCCGCUGUGACCUUCUAGCUCACCUGACCCCCCUGCUUGGACGCAAACGCCAGCACACAGGUGCAGCCUGUGAGAGCACUCUGGAUCCUCUCCUGUGACCCACUUUAGACACAGACACCAACUGAGGUUGGAUUGGAGAAUGGAAGAAUUUAUUGAUGACCCGAAGAAAAUUUGAAAAACAAACAUCAAAAGGUGACUUUCCCAUCAGGAUGAGAAACUUGUCCAGAGUCAAGCAACAUCUUGUCACCUACAGUGACCAGUAGACCAAGUUGACGUUGUGCAGACUGACUCAUUUUUACAGUUUGUGGUGUGUUUUUAUAUCCACCUGAGGUCAGGACCCAGUAAAUGAUAACAGGAGAGAGUCAUCAGAGUUUACAAAGUUUCUGUAGUAUCAUGCCAUUUUAAAAACUGGAGGUCUACUGGUUUGUGGUCACGAUAAGAAGUCACUUCACCAAAGGAGACAAAAAUAAAUGCCAGUGCCAAUCCAAGGACUUCAGUUUUCAUAUUGUUGUGUAAUUAUGAAUGAUACCUGCUUUUACUCUGUGUGUCUUGCAUUAAAUCCAUCUGGAUUACUACAGACACCUUUCACAUCAAGACUGAACAUUUUAGGUGUUGAUUUCUUUUCCAUUUGGUUUCACCAUUACCUCCUCCUUUACUCAGGUGUGAUGAUGCAGACUUUGGAGAGAGCUGUACUCGACCUAAUCAGACUUCUCUCAUCUUCCACAGUCUGGCUCUCCCAUCACCAGCUCCGCAUAUGAGGAGUAGAGAGGCACAGAGACAUAUCAGCACUUUUGUCCUUUCAGAGUGAAUUGUAAUCUUCAGUAACUCCAUGUGUUUCUCUUGGAGUGUGGUUGGUUAUUUCUACUGCCUGUGUUUCUGCUGGCAGCUCGCUUUUGUUAUUGUCAGACAGAAUGAGGACCAAGGAGAUUCAGAGACCAGAGAACACUGUAGAAUUGGUUUUCUUUGUAGAAAUUUCGCAAGGAAGCUAUCUGGUCUUAAAUUUGGUUGUCUUGAUAUAGACUCUCAGAAUUCUGUGCCAUUCAGUCAUCUUUGUGGGCUUAAAUGCCAAUAUUAUAAAGCAGAAAUCUCUCAUAGGUGAUUCUUGUCUCUUUUAAACGUACCUUAAAGUCUUACUUUGACAUUUUGAAACUGAGUGUAUUUUUUUUUUUCUUCAUUAGAUGCUGGUUGUGUAGUCACCAGAUUGUUUAUGGCUUUGACAUGAAAUCUCCACAAAAAUGGUUUCUUGAUAUUCAUAACAUUUAGUGUCGAAAAGGAUGUACAGCCACCAGCUAAGCUAAUAGGCUUGCAUCCAGCUGUAUUCAUUGGUGAAAUGCUAACAACACUGUUGAGCUGCAUUUUGAUUAGUAGAGUAACCUCCCACUCCCCCAUCAUGUUGUAAGUUAUCACUUCACUUUACUACAUGCUGUUUGUGCAGUAAGCUAAAUACUUCUGCUUAGGCCCCAAAGCUACACAAAAUAGUUUCUUAAUAUUAAGCAUGAAAAACAGUACACAGCUACCAGGUAUGAUUAGCAGCAACUAGCAGGUCCCCCACAUUUUAAGUUCAUUGUCUUAUUUUCCGUAAUCAAAUGUUGGUUGUGUGGUCAGUAAAAUGUUUUUGCCCCAAAGCUAGACAAAAUAGAUUGUUAACCUCCAGCAUGGAAAUACUAUUAUAAAUAAGGUUAGCAAUUUACAGCUACCAACUAACAGGCUAGCUUGUAGCCAGUAGUAUCCUUGGGUGUCAGGGUGGAAUGCUAACAAUUCCUGCUUGGAAUUUCUGGCUGCUGUUUGACUGACAGAGCAACCCCCCCCUCCCCCCUCCUGUGACAUUUUAAUUUUGUGUAUUAUGUUCUUUAAUGAGAUGCUGGUUGUGUUGUGGACAAACUGUUUCUGCUUUUCCCACAAAGCUGCACAAAAACAGUUUUAAGAAUCUUGACAAUUACUAUGAAAAGCUAACAGGCUAGCUUGUAGCCAUGAGUGGUCCUUGAUGUCAGGUUAGUAAUUCUGUUGAGUUGCCUUUUCAUUAGCUGAGCAGCCUUCAUCUCUUUUUCAGUGCAGCAGCCAUAUAAAUGUUUUUAUCAGAUGCUAGCCAUGGAGCCUGCAAAGCAUUUCUGCUUCUGCCCCAAGGCUAUAAAAAUGGUUUGUAGACAUUUAGCAAGGAAAAAAAUACCAGUACACGUUAGCCAGUAGUAUCCAUUGGUUUCAGGGUGGAAUGGUAAUAAUACCGCUGAGCUCCUGUUUGAUUAGCAGAGUAUCCCCCGCAUGAUGUUACAAGUGCUUGUUGAUGAGGAAUUACAGACUGGAGUUCAAAAUGUCAAAGUAUGGCUCAAAGAUUUGACACCUCUUGAAGGAUAAUACCAGCCUUUUUGACAUUUAGGUUGUGUAUAAUUUUCCCCAGGUAUCUGCAGUGAAUCAGGAAAAUUAAGCUUUCAGUGCUACAGAAUCAUACACAAAACAACUAUGUUGAAUACAAAAUGCACAGUAUAACUUUUCUAAAUGGUCUUAUCUCCGUGCCAUAGUGCACUUUCAUGAAAACAAAAAAAGAAAUGUUUUUAUUUUUUUUUCUAUCAUAUGUCAUUAUUUUCUUGGAUUUCACAAGGUUUAAAGUGUAACUUGCUCACAUUCAAUAUCCAUUUAAAUGUGAUAAUUAGGCUAACAUACAGUGUAUUCAAGUCUGGUAAUGCACACCAAAAAUAAGGUGGCACAAUGAGUGGUCUUAAUGUGAUAACAUAAAAGUUCUCUUUUCUAGCAUAAAUUUAUGUUGCGCUUUAAUCAAAAACACUGGUAUUGUCAUGCAAGAGUGAGAGGUUCUUUCAAGGAUCAUGGGAAAUGUGGUCUUCAUAUUGAAGAUCUCAAUAUAACAAACUUUGAAAUAAUGAAUAGAUAAAGUAUGUUUUGAUUACUGUCCUGUAUGUAGGCUAAUCUGUAUUCAGUAUUCAUAAUAAAGAUAAAAAUCAGUGUUUACCA